AUGGCUCGCGGGAAGGGCGCAGCUGAGCCUGAAAAGACUCAACGGCUUUCCCUUGCUGAGCUGGCCGCUCAUGACGACGUGUGCUCAGAUGUCAUGAUAGAUAAUGUCGGUAACAUCGGAAUUGAUGAGAAGAUUCGUCGUGCUGACACGCAACAGGCUUAUUACAAGUCCAGAAUCCGAAAGAAUCGCACCAAGCACUUCCCGAUCCGCGGCAUCAAGGAAGAUGAGGUCCCCCAGAUCCUAUUACACAAGGUUAUUGUGGACAAAGAUGUAAAGGCCGCAGAGAAGGCUCUUCUUGCGCUUCCUGGGCUGAAAAGAUACAAAAAGAGUUUGCGCAGCAAAAGUGAACAGGAACAUUUCUUGAACCACCUGAGAAAAUACAUAGAUAUGUACCAGACCGAUUGCGCCUGGGAAGUGUCUACCACUAAUCGCUACACCAUCACCACCUAUGAGGCAGCCGUCACAGCCAGGAGGCGCAUCAGACAGGGAGACACCAUCAAAUAUCUCACCGGCACACUAGUCCCUCUGACCACCGAAGAGUCGGCCGACUUAGAUUUGACGAAUCGAAAUUUCAGCAUCGUCGUUUCUAGUCGCAAGAAAAAUUCGUCCAUCUUUUUGGGUCCAGCUCGCUUCGCCAACCAUGAUUGCGACGCGAAUGGACGUCUUGUGACGCGUGGAGAAAAUGGCAUGGAAGUCGUUGCUAUGAAGAACAUUGAGGUCGGCGACGAGAUCACUGUCUCAUAUGGCGAUGACUACUUCGGGCCUGGCAAUAUCGAUUGCUUAUGCCACACGUGUGAACAACUCGAGCGGAACGGCUGGACAUCCAAGGCUGGCAUCCUUGACACUCCUAGUCGCGCCUCCACUCCGCUUCAUGAACCACAAACAGCAGUCCAAACAGCAGUCCAACCACGCGGCCUAAAACGGAAAAGAGAUUCGAACCAUUCAUACUCUUCCGCACCUCCUUCCUCGAAGCAUGCUAAGCUCGUGCAGUCCCCUUCCAAGUUGCAACACUCUUGGACGCCGUCGGACAGUUCAGAUGCGGAAACGCCACUACCCCCUGUUGAGCGAAAGUCCGAACCGGUUGAGAAUUCACUGGCUGUGGCUUCAGCAACAACACUCUCGUCACCUCGUAGUCCUCCCGAAUCAGAAAAGCACAAGUCCAGACAGUCGCCAGUCGAAAUGGAACCAGAGUUUUCGGCUCCUGCAACUGGUACGGAUCAUGAUCAUGAGCCACGGAAGAAGUCGCCCGGUUCGUCCAAGGGACAAGCGGAUCAGAGUGAAAGCAAUAAAGCAGCCAAACUUCUAGGCAGAAUAUCCUCGCGUGCUCCAUUAUCCCCGCCUCCGACAUCUCCUUCUAGUCAUGGCUCUUCUACCGAGGCGGGCCCAUUGAGCGGCCCAAGCUCCCGGGCUCCUCACCCCGAUACAGCCGUCACGAUCAAGGUCGAGUCUGUCGAGAUCACAAAGAUGGAGGAAGAUGAGGAUACAAUCAUCAUCUACCCGUCGAGGCGGAAUUCUGCCCAAACCAGUGAACGUGUUCGCCAACCGCAAGAACAGCAUGGACAGAUUCCACCGAUCGCCAUGAGCACUACAUUGGCAGUUCCUCACGCUACUCCUAGUGAAAGUACUCGCCAAUCACAAGAACAGCAUGAACAGAUUCGCCCGAUCACCGAGAGCACUACAUUGGCUGUUCCUCACGCUGUUUCCACUCUGUCCACCACAACCGUCAGUAAGGAGGUCCAAGUGAUUCAGUCCUCCAGCGCUACAGUCGAGGAAAACAGUGUGCUACCAUCCAUAGAACCGAUGAAUGCCUCAACAACAGUGGCCAAAUUGACGGUCCACCCAGUGACCGGCACCAUCCGCAUUGCCGGCGACUACAUUCUCACCAGAAAACUACUCGCACAACCACACGAUCGGUGGGUACAGUGCCACAACGACAAGUGUCUUGGGUUCUUCAUCCAGCCCAACGGAUACCAGACGAGGCGCGAGUGCCCACGAUGUGAGCGUCACAGUAUGCUCUAUGGAUUUCCCUGGCCAAAAACAGACCCAGAUCCUCGCAAAUUGCUUGAACGCAAGUCUCAGGGCAAUGGCCGGGGUAAAAAGAACAGUGCUCAGGCAACCGAGUACAGUGCAUACAGGCGAAAAGGGAGAUGUGGAAAGGGGACUUGGGUGGAAGGUGGAGGAGACCCAGAAGAACGCGUCUUGGAUCAUCGCACGAUCCACCGCUUCGUGUUGCCCGAAGAAGAGAGAGAGUUAACUCGCAAGGGUCUCCUGAAAGAAGCUGAAGUUGCUCGAGCGGCGGGGGAUCAUGCUUUGGCAAUUCUGGAGGCGAGGAUGCGCGCCGGUUCCAGCUCGCGGGGCCUCAACCAUGGAAUGGGAACCGAAAGUGCUACGAGAGACGUGAGCGAGAGUGGGAGUGGCACUCCUGAUGAGUUGAGGAGGAGGAGCAAUCGGUUUGUCACGAGGCCUGUAGGCAUCUACACAGACAAAUUCUAG